GUCAUGUGAUCAGCUGUGUCCAAUCACAGCUGAUCACAUGGGACAUGUACACUGAUCAUCAGGGCACGGAUAAUCAGUGUGCCCUGAUGAUCAGUGUGUGGCCCCAGAAGUGCCACCUGUCAGUGUCCAUCAGUGCCAGCUGCCAGUGCCACAUAUCAGUGCCUACCAGUGCACAUCAAUGCCACAUAUCAGUGCCCAUCUGAGCUGCCUUUCAGUGUCACCCAUCAGUGCCACCUAUCAGUGCUGCCAAUCUGUGCCGCCUAUCAGUGUGCAUCAGUGUCGCCUAUCAGUGCCAGUCAGUGCCGACUAUCAGUGCCGCCUUUCAGUGA